GAAGAUAUGGUCCCAGUCACCUGUAAAAGAAAAAAGAAGAGAUGCCUUUCAUCUUCUUUAAAUUCUGAUGAUGAACAUGAUAUUGGUCCCUCUUCUCCUCACUCUCGUUUGAAUAUUCGAUUAUUUAAAUGGACAGUACCUCCAAAAGCCAAACGUGUAUUUUCCUUGUUUAAGGUUUCUAAGCAGUUUUCACACAACAGGGAUAAAUCUUGUUUGAGUGCUAUCAGUCCCUCACCAUCCUCCUCAAGAGCAUUUGCUCAUUCAUCCUCUGUAAGCCAGUCCUGUUCCAGACAGGGAUCACCUGAGAUUGAUUGGGAGUCUGAGGAGGUGGUUUGCUCUGCAGCUUCCACUGAACGAGGGAAGUUGAGCAACAUUCAGAUGGCCAGGAUGAGCCUUUUAGGUAAAGUGUUCCCUUCAAAAUUGUUCCAUUCCAGAUGGGCCAUCGAGCAAGAUUCAGAAGUCAGGGAUUUUGCCAAACUAGCUUUCAGAUCCUUGCUAGUUAAAGAGGAUGAUCCCCUUCUUAGAAACCAUAUUGGUAUCCCUGACAUUCUGGCACUAAUGGCUCCUGAAAUUGAUCCAGCACUGUUAUCCAUUAUA